UAAAUUGGAAGAGAGGAUAUAUUUGGAGUGGUCUCUUAUCCGCAAGUAAGAUGGAGAUGAGCAGGCUUGCGUGGUCGGUGAGCCUAUUUCCUAUUCAAAGGCCGUGUGCCUCUACGAGGAAGGCGAGUGUUAUAAGGUGCUCAUCAGAUGAAUUCAAAGUGCUGACUUCAGUCACAAGUAAAUACAAUAACAUUGUAAUCCUCGACACUCCCGACUCCCGAGUCCUGCUUCUUGACUCUUCCAAUAAUGUGCAUAGCAUCCUUCACAAGGGAAGCAAGUGGACUCAUGCAUAUUGGGAUGAGUUUGCCACCUUGCCAGCCAUUGUUCCAAAGGGUCCCGUCGCUAUCUUUGGCUUGGGGGGCGCAACUGCUGCACAUUUGAUGCUUGAACUAUGGCCUUCUUUGCUGCUUGUUGGAUGGGAGAUAGAUGAAAUUGUAUUGAUUGAAAAAGCAAGAGAAUAUCUUGGGCUCUCUGAUCUGGAGAAACAUACUGAAGUUGGAGGUGUGUUGGAAGUUCGUAUUGGAGAUGUACUUUCUCCAUCAGUUACUAUCCCUGGAGGUUAUGCAGGCAUAAUAGUUGAUUUGUUUUCUGAUGGAAAGGUUUUGCCACAACUGGAAGAGGUUACAACUUGGUUGGAGAUGAAUAAGAUGUUGAUGCCCAGUGGUCGGCUCAUGGUGAAUUGUGGUGCUGCUACCAAAGAAUUGCCUAAUACUUCUUCUGACCCUUGGGAGCUAAACGCAACUAUCAAUGCAUUAUGCGAGGCAUUUCCUGAGCAAGUAAGCUGGAAAAAGCUGCCAAAGACAGCAGGAGAAAAUUAUCUUGCACUGACAGGACCAUUACCAGAUUUGGCUAUUUGGUCUGCUCGUCUCCCAGAUCAAUUAAGCUCAAGUGUCAAAGAAUGGAGAAGUUGCAUGCCUUCGUGAAUGUGACAGUGGACUUGGUUAAGCUGUAAAUUUCCACAUGCCAAACCAUGCAGAAAAGGUCAUUUGUGCCGACAAAAAGAUCAUUUGGUUAAGAAGUUCUUCCUUUCCAGUCUUAAUUUUUGCAUAUAAGUGAUUGUUUUUUAUCAGAAGGAAAACAGGGGAAUGCAACCUUUAUAGAUUGACCCACAGGCAACCAUCGGGUACUACUAGUCACCCUUUAUCCCACAGUAAUUUCCAAUCUCUUCAGAUCUCGCUGGUGCAUAUAAACGUGAUGAAUAUCACUGAUAGUCUGAACUCUGCCCAAGUUAGCUUAUUCCUUUGAGUUGUUAUUACCAAUCAUGGAAAAAUGUGAUGGUUUAAAACAAAUUGGCAUGCUUAUCCAUUAGCAGGCUGUAUUGAAAACAAUUUCAGGCUAGAUCAUUUUAUUUA